AUGGCCGACACGACCUCCUCCAAUGCUGCUACGGUGCCUCCACCAAACCGCCCCAGUCGACCGCUCAGUGAAGCGCUUCUGAAUGAGAAGUGGGACCACUGCCUCAGCACUCUGCUCAUCAGGAGCACUCUCGGCGCGUCAUUUGGUGUGAUCUUCUCCGUACUGCUUUUCAAGCGAAGAUCGUUCCCAGUGUGGGCCGGACUUGGGUUCGGUGCAGGAAGAGCGUGGGAGGAAUGCGACAGCAGCUUCAAGAGGGCCACAGCUCCCUCCAGAGACGGUCUCCGCACUCUCAGACCGUAA